AUGGCGGCGGCGGCCGAGCUCGGGAGCUCUGGCCCGCAGCAGCCGCCCGGCCAGGGGCAGCCCCAGCAGCAGCCGCCAGCGGCGCCCCCGGGCAACGGCGGAGGCGGGAGCAGCAGCCGCCACGAGAAAAGCCUAGGGCUGCUCACCACCAAGUUCGUGUCGCUGCUGCAGGAGGCCAAGGAUGGGGUCCUGGAUCUCAAGGCGGCUGCAGAUACGUUGGCUGUCAGGCAAAAAAGAAGAAUUUAUGAUAUUACCAAUGUUUUGGAAGGAAUUGAUUUAAUUGAAAAAAAGUCCAAAAAUAGCAUCCAGUGGAAAGGUGUAGGUGCUGGAUGUAAUACAAAGGAAGUUAUUGAUAGACUGAGAUAUCUCAAAGCAGAAAUUGAGGAUCUGGAGCUAAAAGAAAGAGAACUUGAUCAACAGAAAUUAUGGCUACAGCAAAGCAUCAAAAAUGUAAUGGAUGAUUCCAUUAACAACAGAUUUUCUUAUAUUACUCAUGAAGAUAUCUGUAAUUGUUUUAAUGGGGAUACACUUCUUGCAAUUCAAGCACCUUCUGGUACACAGCUGGAGGUACCUAUUCCUGAAAUGGGCCAGAAUGGACAAAAGAAAUACCAGAUCAAUUUAAAGAGUCACACAGGACCUAUCCAUGUACUGCUUAUUAAUAAAGAAUCCAGUUCCUCCAAGCCAGUGGUUUUUCCUGUUCCUCCACCUGAUGACCUCACACAACCUCCUUCUCAAGUCUCAACUCCAGUGACUCCACAGAAACCUAAUAUAGAGACCCAGAAUCUGCCUGAACAACACACCCUUACCAUAGGUCAACAUCUUCAGCAGACACCAGUUUCAGACACACCCUCAGCAAAGAUGGAUGAACCUGGAGGAUCUAUUAGUGGCGAUAUCAUUGAUGAAUUAAUGUCUUCAGAUGUGUUUCCUCUGUUACGGCUUUCUCCUACUCCUGCUGAUGACUACAACUUUAACCUGGAUGAGAAUGAAGGCGUGUGCGAUCUCUUUGAUGUACAGAUACUAAAUUAUUAGAUUCCGUGAGAACUAUUUGGCCUGUUAUCUACCUCUAACUAUAUAACACCCUAAACUUCUUCAUAACCUAAGUAUUUAAAAUAAUGAAUGUAACAACUUUUUAGUUCACUGACUGGGAAUAUUUUUCCUUUUGCUUAUUUACUUCACAAAACUACCCAAAAGAACAAAAGGGAUUUGAUCUCUUCAGGGCAAAAAGUGACUUUGCAAGCUUGAUUUUUUUUCCCCCAGAACAAAAUUAUAGUCACAGAAUUGGGUGGGUGGGGAUAUUAUGAUGAUGAUGAUGAUCAUCAUCAUCCCAAAGCCCUCUUAUCUUAUUUUCCCUUGUGUGGAAAACAAUUUAAUAUUUAAUAGCAGCCUUUUUAGGUCACUACAAAAAUAAAUGACCUAGGACACAUCACUUAAAAUAUCAUUUUAUAUCAUUACUGCCACCAGCUGUUCAUAUUUUUCUUUGUCCUUCCAGUCUAAUCCGUUUUUCACUGCCAUUUGCAAAAUGAAGGAUAUAAACUGAUACAUCGAAUUGUUUCAGCGAACAAAUUUUGUGAAGUGCCUUCUGUUUUAGCACUUUAAGUUUUUCAUGUUUUGUUGACUUCUUGACAUUCCACUUUCCUAGAUUUUAGGAAAGCUCUUUCUAAGUAGUUUGCAUUAAAACGUGCCAAUGCCUGUACAUUAACAAGAUUUUUAAAAAAAAAAUAAAAUUGUACAAACAUCA